GAGCGACGCCCGCGUCCGCCGAAUCGGAGGCGGAAUAUUUAGGUGAAAGUGUUUCGAAUUUCGACAUGACGACAUUCGCGCGCAGUCGUUAUCGUGAUUUUGCCGAAUCGAGAGGUUCGAAAACCGCGCCCGCGCUCGUCCCGCGAGUCCAAGCUUCGCGCUCUACCCUUGUGUGCCUUCCGCAGGAAGUGCGUCUCGCCCCGCGUGCUGAUCGUUACGCCGGAAAAGCAUGCUGAGAGUCGGUGUGUCGAAAAAUUUUCGAAGACGUAAAUUAAAAAGGUGAUCGGUGAAUUAAAAAGCCGUGGAACUUUAUGUGAUGUGCGAGCUGCAUCGCUAAGCAAGCUGUCGGCUGGCGACGACCUGGGGCCCGAGGCGCUGGACGCCUCCGCACACGCACUGCAGCUGCAGACGAUGACCUCCACGAUGGGAAUAAUGACACUCAGCCGCGGCCCGUGUGACCUCGACAACAUGAGUCUGUUCCAAGACCUCAAACUAAAGAGGCGGAAAGUUGACUCCCGAUGUAGUAGCGAUGGCGAGUCGGCGGCCGACACCAGCACCUCGUCGCCCGACCCCGGCCCGCCGUCCCCGCGCAUGGCCGAGGCGGGCUGCAGCACGCCGCCGCAUCCGCCGCCCGUGUUCGACGGCGGCGGCUCACCCUCGCCGUCUCCCGCGUGCCACCCCACCGUCAUCCGCUCCGCACCGCCCUACUCGGUGAUCAAGUUCGAAGGAGCGCCCUCCGUCGUCAAGUCGGAAAGCUCUCCGGUCGGAAAACAUGACUCCAUGUCCUCAUCUCAAUUCUCAUCCGUCAAGCUCGAGAAGCCCGAGGCCACACAACCCGAGCCUCCCCAGCCCUACAGACCCCGAGCCAUCGCGCCGUCCCCGCAGGCCACGCAUCCAUCGCUCUCGCCGGGUCAUUGGCCACCUGCCGCCUGCAUAAACGGCGUCAAGCCAGAACUGAUAGGUGGUCAUUUCCCACCGCAACCCUUGGAGCAGAAAGCGGGAUCUCGAGGUUCUACGCAAUGGCGAGGUGCGCCGGCGGUCAUUAUGGGAGAAUCGGGUGGUGUAAGAACAAUGUUUUGGACGUUACCAGCCCCAACCACCAGUUCAGAGCCAUCAGCUAGUGCAUCGCAUACACCGACGCCACCGACACCUGAUCCGGGCCAAUGCAGUGAAGAGUCAGCGGCCCGAAUGCUAUUGAAUCUCGGGGGUGAACUGAGGAGGCCGAGAGUGACAUCACUAAACAUGGAGCUUUUGUGGGCGGGAGAUGUCUCACAGUUACCAGCACACCAACAAAUGCACGCUUUAAAUCUGAGCGCUGCAGCAGGUAGCGUUGCGGGAGUGGCCGGUGUACCCAGUGCGAGUCCCUUGGCGGCCAGGCCGGAACUCCGGACGUAUGCUGCGGAGACGGAACGCGAUGAAGAUGAGCAACCGAUGAUUUGUAUGAUUUGCGAAGAUAAAGCGACGGGAUUACAUUACGGCAUUAUAACGUGUGAAGGUUGUAAAGGGUUUUUUAAAAGGACUGUUCAAAACCGACGAGUUUACACCUGUGUUGCUGAUGGUGGCUGUGAAAUUACAAAAGCUCAAAGAAAUAGAUGUCAAUAUUGCCGUUUCAAAAAGUGUAUAGAACAAGGAAUGGUUUUACAGGCUGUACGUGAAGACAGAAUGCCGGGAGGCCGAAAUAGUGGUGCCGUGUACAACUUAUACAAAGUGAAAUAUAAGAAACACAAGAAGGCGAACACGAAGGCGGCGACCGCAGCGACGAGUCGGGCGUCUCCGCCUGAAAAACCUAAAGACCCUUUACCACCUCUCCCACCGCACCUCGUCAAUGGGACCAUACUAAAGACUGCCUUAACAAACCCUAGCGAGGUUGUACACUUACGAGCAAGACUGGAAAGCGCAGUUUCAUCCUCUCGAGAUCGUGCCGUUCCUUUAGAAAGGGCGUUACAUAUGAUUCGGGCGCUAAUAGACUGUGAUGCUAUGGAGGACAUUGCCACCGUUCGUCACCUACCUGAUCUCCUACAUGACACAUCCGAAAUCGGUGACAAACUUUGUAAAAUCGGUGACUCUAUUGUACAUAAAAUGGUCGCGUGGACGAAGAAGUUGCCGUUUAUAAUGGAAAUACCAAUGGAAAUCCAUUCGAAGCUGUUGAUGGAGAAAUGGCACGAGAUCUCAGUGUUGACGACAGCAGCUUACCAGGCGAUGCACGGGAAGCUCGCGCAUGCACCACCUUCCUCGGAUCAUGAACACGAUUUCAUGCAAGAGGUGAACGCGAAUCUAAGAACGCUACAGAACUGCCUAACGUCGCUAAUGGGCAGGCCCAUAACGUUAGAGCAGCUUCGACUGGACGUGGGGCUCGUGGUGGAGAAGAUGACGCAGAUCACGUGCGUGUUCCGCCGCAUCCAGCUGCGGAUGGAGGAGUAUGUCUGUUUGAAGGUCUACAUUCUGCUUAAUCAAGAAGUGGAGUUAGAGAGUAUUCAAGAUAGGUACGUGCAAGUUCUGCGCAGCUACCUGGAGCACGCCGCGCCCCACCACCCCGGGAGAUUGCAAGAGCUAUUCGCGAGAAUACCCGAGAUUCAAGCGGCGGCGAACCUGUUACUAGAGAGUAAAAUGUUCUACGUACCAUUCGUGCUGAACUCGGCGGAGAUCAGAUAGUACAUGGCGCAGCAGGGCGUCUAGUUCUCGAUGUACGAGCGACCGCCCCGCCCGCACGCCGCGCCGCGCCCGCGCACCGCCCUCGUCACCUGACUGCACCGCCUGUGUUCACCGCCAGCACCGCGCUCAGCCAUCGACAAUAAACACUUGGAAUGAAUGAGGCGCCCUGGGCCGCCCUCGACCCGGCGCGCGCUGAGCGAUCGCCUCCAGUGCGAGGACUCUGUGAGAACUGAAGUGAUAAGCAGAGUGCGAGGAUAGUGCGGUACGUUAUACCCUUGUUGAAUCGAUGUGUGUAUUGGCUUAUUGUUUAUUAGAGGAAAUAAAACGUCCCAAUUGACAGACUGAUUUAUAAUUAAAACUAGCUAUUAUUUAAUUAGUACCAGGGACUCGGAUGCGUGUUUUAUACGUGGUAGUGUACACUACUUAGUGUUAUUGAUAGAGUAAAAUAUAUAAUUAUGUUACUAUUUAAAUUCGUCAGUCGGAGAUCGCAUAAUAUAUUAUUUCUGUAAAUAUAGAAUAUAGUUUUUCUAGUUAGAAUUGUAGUUAAGCUCGUUGUUCAUAGAAAGAGUUGUAAAUGAAAUAUUGCUGUUUUAGUUUGCAUUUUAUAUCGUGUAGGGUUAAACCGGUAGACUCGUCGCUGGGUGUGUAAUAUCGAGGAUUUUAAUUUUAUUUUAUACCUUGACUUGUUCGUAUUGUAAGUAGCACUAAGUAUCUACUCUCAGUGUUUACCAAGACUGCUUGUAUACAACUGUACUAUUUUUACGCUAUCAUGUUGUAGCGCUGAUUCGCGCUAGUUUCUAUAGUCACAACUUAUGCAUUUUUAUUGCCAAUAUUUCGCAAGACACUUGUGCAUAUAUUGUCGUUCUAAAACUUACUUUACUCUGGUCUAACUAGAUUUAAGUAACCAGUAGAGGCGUGUUCCUGGUAGGUACGCGCAUCUCGUAAGUCCUUGAAGUGUCUUCCGCUUGGAGUACGGAUACCUCGGUUGGAGACGGUUCAAAGAUUUACUUAUCGUGUUAUAUUUUGCUUCCUUUGAUGUGUUCAAGUGUAAUUUAUGCUCAAUUCCAUUAAUUUUCAUCAGACGUCCGUAUGAUAUCGUUAUUAUCUCUCAAGGCACAUAAUUCAGUAAUUUUUACAUUUUCUUGUCUUGGCUUAACAAUUAUGUGACAAAAAUUUAAUACAUUUGUCGAAGACUGCGUGGCUAUUUUAUUGCUAUGAAUCAUUUACUGUAUCCCGUGUGCAAUAUAGGCAAACAAAUUGAUUUAAAUAUCUUUUCAAUGAUGCCACAUGAACUAUCAGGUAGGUUUAUAUGAAAAAUGAAAACGCCUACGUUUUACCAUCGACAUUGCAACAACCGUAGCAUUCCUUGAACUUAUUAUAGUGAUGCUUUUUAUAUUUUAUCAUCAGGGUUGGAUUCAGCUCGCUACCUAGUAAUGAUUUUAUUAACAUUAUAUAUUUUUUAAACAAUAAUUAAUUAAUAAUCUAAAGAAAUAGGCAAGAUGUAUCCUUUGAGAUUUAUGUAUUUAAUUUGUUCAAUUCUAUUUUCUAAAAUAUGUAAUUAUUGUCAUCUCUACACCCGUUUUAAAGUUUUAGAAAAAGAAUCCAACUCUGAGAAUCACUCAUUUAUCUUCAUUUACCGCUGACUUAGUAGUCUUGACCAAAACUUAACAUUAACUAAUUCAUAUAAUAACAUUACUCGACAUCACCUGGUAAGUACAUAACAUCAUAUUAACACACAUUAGUAAUAAAUCAUUGUACACAUUUAGUCUUAAAUAGCCAUUAAUUGUAAGUACCAAACUGAUUAACUAACUACGUCACUGUCUUUAACCACUGCCUACUUAAAUGUUAUUAUCUUUGAUAUCAAUGAUAUUAUGGCUUGUAUACACGACGCGAUUUUAAACGCGAGCUCAAUAAUAAUAGAAUUCGAACUUUGAUAAUAUAAUAUUUCUUAUAUUUACAUUUUAUACGAAUUUUCAAAUAUUAAAACAUCACAAAGGUACAUCAUUCUUACCUAAGUUCCAGUGAAAAAAUGAGCAUAUUUAAAUAUUUUAGAUAGGUACGUUGCAUCACAAAUUUCUUAAAACACACGCAUGAUCAACAGUUACAAUUCCUGAAUACCUACAGUAUAAGAUGUUAACAAAAAGCUAAACAAUUGUUUUUAUUCAAUCUAAAGCAUUAAGCAAUUCUUUGUAGUACAAGGCUGCUUAGUAGCAGCGCGUGUAUUUUGAGAUCUCCCUUGCCAUUUUAGUCAACUGUAAUGUCAAAAGUACGAUUCGAUUCACCUUUAAAUUAAGGACUAGAAUCGUACUUUUGACAUAACAGUUGAUACAUAGAUCUAAAAUGACGAGUGAGAUCUCAAAAUGUAUGCAUGUGAAAGCUGCGAAAAAUCGCGACGUGUAUACAAGCUUUUACUCGUUAAUGUUAUAAAUUAAUUAUAAACGUUCCAGCAACGGUGAACAGUUACCAUUAGAUUAGGAAUGACGAAUAAUGUCAAAUUAAAAGUGUAAGUAAUUACAACCAAAAAGUUCGUUCUAAGGACUUAGGUUUAUUAAUUAUUAUUAUUCACACCAUAGGUCUAAUAAAUAUCAAUUUCAACAAACUUUUUCAUACAUGCCCUUAUCCAGUGGCGUAGCCUUGGCGGCAUCGCGGAUUUCUCGGAUAAAAGUAUUCUUUAUAAUAUACGUUUAUAUUUUGAUACGACAAUCCCACAGUAACUACACUAUUUAAAUAACACUCAAUAUAAUAUAACUUUAGCUUAAAAAAGAAAGCCAGUUUAAUUUUAUAAAACACUGAAAUAGCAUUGGUCCUGAGAGUACAUUUAUAGUUUAGCUACGCUGUACUCAAUGAAGAUCUUUGAGAUCUUUCAGCAAUGCAAAUAUCUAUGAAAUAUUUAUUACUGGACUCCAAUUUUAUAUUCAGAAUUUCAUAAUAAUUACUAAUUGAAUUACUGUUGAUGUUAUUUAAAUAGGUGUGUUUCCCCAGUGACUUAAAUUAUAUUUUAUCUAAAGGGUAACACUUGUGAUAACUGACACUAGCUACUGACUUACAAUUUUUCUAACACAAUGUUUAUACAGGACAGACGAAUUUUGAGAAAAAUCAUUAAUAUCAUUAUGUUUGGAUUGCAUUGAUCGUUAAAAAAAACAAUCUUAUAUAAUGAAAUAAUCUUUCGUGAAAGUCAAAUACCAAGUUAAAUCCACGUAGUCCGAACCGGACAUAAUAUAACUAUGAAUCCGAAAAAGAUUUAGCUAGAUAUAAUUUUUCAGACUGAAAUAAAAAAGUGUUAACAACUCAAUAAUAUCACGGCAGCCUCGUCAAUUGUAACAUAAAAUACGGAUUACAGUAACACACAUGAGCUGUCUACUCUUGGAAAUUAGCUUUAUAAUAGUAGCAUAAAAAACAAUCGAUAUUACAAAAUGUUUUGUAAUCGUCUAAUGAAUCCUGUUACCUGAAUGAGCGAGACGUGUCCGUUCCUCAUUGCGUUACCAUUAGCUGUUAAGUUUUAGUGGAUACUAUUUAGCGUUUUGUACAUUAUAAUUAGUUCCAAAACAACCGGUUACGACACUGCCAUCAAAUGCCUAAAUAGAUUUUAAAAUAAUUUUGUUAUAUAUUAUGUUUUAUUAAGUUAAUAACAUUCGUGAAAAUAUUAGUUGUUUGUGAUAAACAGUGAUAGUUUAUUUAAAAAAUUGCGCGUCGCGUUUUUUAAUUCGACGCGUGUAUUAAAAUCAUUAUUACUUUUUCAUAAGCGCGCGCCCCAAAGUAGGCCAAACCUACUGACAAUUUAUUGGGUUUCAAACUUCAUAAUAUUUAUUUAUUCAAUUAUUAUAUCUAACUUAAAUUAUAAUAAAUUAGUCGAUAUAGACACCAUCAAAACGAAGGUGUUAAAUCUAAAGUCUGAGGUAAAGAUGCCUUUAUAGAUUUUUAAUCGUGUAUGACGGAAAUAGUAAGUUUAACUUUAAUCGCGAGUCGUGCAUCGUUCUACUAAUGUGUUAACGAUAAUGUAUGUAAGUAAUAUUGACACUUAUUUUGUUAAUAGCAUAGUUAAGGCGAAACUAACGGCAAAGUAUCAAAGGGAAAAUUUAGCUUGUAAGGAUGUUAUUGGCGUUGUACAAAGGAUAGUAUUGUUAGUGAGUAACGGAAAUUGGCGCAUUACUGGCGAGUACCUAAUUAGAAUAGUGAACGAAAAGCCCACUGAGGCUAUUACAAUUAUUUGUAAAUAAAAACUAAACUACAUGUAAAGUAGCCAUUCGCUUUUCGUUGCUCUCCUAAUUUCAAAGUAGCUCUAUCUAUUCGGUGAACUUUCAUUUCUCCGUACUAUCACGUGAAUUAUUUGCCGCUACUAUCGUUAGAUCGCAAAAACUUUUCUGCUUGAGUACUGAUUUGGAUAUUGUAUUUAUAGUCGUUGGUCUCAAUGUUCUGAUAGUAUAAAAUUAUAAACUAAUGACCUACUCUAUUGAUGGUUUCGACUUCAGAAUACUUUAAGUAGGUGUUAUUAUAAGUAAUUGAUAACCAACUAUGUAAACUAACCUACUUACUAGUGCGUCCAAAGCCGAACAUUGUCACACUGUUACAUCAAGUGUUUCGGAAGUCGGCCAUUUAUCGUAGACCUAUUAUUUAGUUCGGAUAUCGCGAAAAUAUUUUGACUGAUAUGUAAUAGUAAUAAAUAAACAUUAAUAAUGUUAAUAUAUUUUUAAGGGUGUAACUUGAACUUAAUGCAUUUCACACUUUCUUUACAGUCCAUAUCGUGACGAAAUAUUUUCACAUUCUAAGCAUAAGAUUUGUUGUGUAAAAACUUGCGUUUCUUAUACUUUGGAUUGAAGUAGGGUCGAUCUGUGUACAGUAGAUGCUGUAAUUUAAAUAGUUAUAAAAUAAAUGAGUGUAAAUCCGUAAGAGAAUAUAUAUUUCGAAACGUUGAUGAGUGUUUGUUGUAUGUAAUGUAAUGUCAAAGAUGGAUAUUUGAAAUCUAAGUAUAUAAAAUACAUAUAUAUCUAUAUUAGAUAUCUAUUCUACAAGUUACUUCGUGUUUUUUGUUACGAUUUCACAAACACGUUCCGCUUGUAUUGAUGAUUUGGGGUCUAAAUUAUGGUACCGUUUAUGUUCAAAAAAGCGACCACCAAGUUGUUCUUUUUACCACGCAGUCUCACAAAAAAGUGCCUCAAGGUAUCCAUAGAAUUUGACAUAGAUUUCAUUAAGUUCAGAGUGACUGAGUGUGCAUUACAUGUAGAUGGGUUCUCUCCAGUAGGGUUUACACUUAGUCAAUCACACUGUAUGUUGGAUGAAGGCUGUUGUUAUACAUUUUGACCAAGUUAGUGUACAAUGUUUGUAUUGAUGAUGAUUCUGAUGUUUGUAUCGGUUUAUACGUCUCGUUCGUGGUGCGCCGGGAGAUAUGUUAGUCAAUGGAUGAACUGGUUUGCCAAGAGAAGUUACCUACAGUUGUGUUUAGUUAGCGAUGCAUAACGUGUUUGUACUUUAAUUUGUUUUUUAGUUGUACUCUUGGAAAUCAAUGGUUAAUAACUUAAGAGAAUAAAAUGUAUGUGAAAUA